AUGUUAUAGGAGGUUACGCAGUGUCUUGAUUAUUCGCUAAUUACUCCUUUCCUGGAAUUAAAAUAUGAACUUUUAGAAUUGAAGAAUAUAGUAUAGACCCUUGGCAACAUUCAAGGACCGAUUUUGCUACGCUCCUUGUUCUAAUUAAUUAGUUAUUAGCGAUAGAUCCCUAUAGUGUCGCGUUCAAAGGUUAGGAACAGUAUGCAGACUUCCGAUAUCGGUUAAUAACUAUUUAAUAACGCAUGGCAUGGUUAGAACAGGAAAGGAGUAAUUAGUGAAUAAUCAAGGUGCUGCGUAACAGGAGUGCCAGGAGUGGGGGGAACCUGUACUCCGGAUACCUCCUAUAUCAUUCUGUGAUCCUGGCACGAUUUUAGCAGUACGAAUCCCUGAUAUUAGAUGGCGACACGUAUUUCAGAAUUUUUUCAAUCCCAGCUGUUAAUACCGGUACAUGUUGUGUACACUCCUAAGUUUGAAAGUUUCUAUCAAAACAUGAACAUCUCGGGUAAUAUUCUUUACAAUAAAAUUCGAAGUUUACGUCCUGAGAUUUCGAAUGCUAUUACACCGGAGAUAUUAGAUGAAAUCUGUAACGAACCUUUGGUGCAACCAUUUUUAGAGUGGUUCUGCAAAAAUGUGAAUCGCACGAACGUUAUUUCAAACGAGGAAGCACAAAUAAAAAAGAAAUUACAAGAAACAAACGAAUGGUUGGAAGGACCUGAAUUAGAUAAUGCAUUGGAAGAAGCUACUAGGGAUUGCCCUGAUUUAUUAAAAAUCAUUUCUUUUGACGACAUGGAUAUAAGUGACUUGUUUCUAGAAUUCAAAACAAUUAAACAUGCAUAUAAGGAAGAUGAAAAUUACAUUCAUACAUUAAAAAAUGGAAUUCAAAACUUAAAAAAAUUAAAGACUAAAUUGGAUGAAGAUAUUGAGAAAGAAAAAGCAUUAUUGGAUAAAAAACAUAUUGAAGCAGAUAAAGCUUAUGAUGAUUGUUCAAUAAUUCUUCAAGAGUUUGAUUCAAAUAAUCGUCAGUUUUUUAAAGAAAUUGAAUGUCUAUUAAGCGUAUAUGGAGAUGCAGCUGAAAAUAAAGGAAUACCAAUACUAUGGACCCAAAUGCCAUUGGAACUUUUCAUUAAGAAGGUAGAACUAUAUAAGCACUAUUUAGAUGUUCACGAAAAACGGCAAUUUGGGAAUGUAAAUAAUGGAGAUCAGGAGAAAGAUUCUGAUUAUGUUUCUCUUGUUAACGAGAGUAAAGAGAAACAUAUAGAUAAUGAAAAAUUACAAGAAUUGAUGCAGUGCAAAACAUACAUUACUAAUGCAAAGAUGGAAGAAAUUACAGCUAAAACACAACAAGAAUCAAACAAUGCAAUGUUACAGUAUGUGCAAGAUAUAUACAAUUUGGGAAAUGUAAAAGUGCCAAGACAUUCUCAAAUGAGGGCAGAAAUUUCAGAAUUAACCAGGAAGAGAGAUUACUUAAAAGAAAAUGUUAUUCUGUUGCAAGACCACCAAUUGAUAGAAGUUGUACAACAAUUUGCGGAAUUAGAAAUAAUAAAAAUUUUGAAACAAAACGCUCAAUUGAAAUUGAAACAAAAAAGUGUUUGUUUAGAAAAGCUUGAAAAUUUUCGAUUUCUCGCCCGUGAAUGUGGACACGUGCGCGUUGAUUUGUUAAAUAUGUUAAUGCAAAUGCAAUAUCACCGACUUAAAAUCAUUUCCGAAUUUGUAGCUGAUGCUUGCCACUAUCUAACAACAGAGUAUUUACUGUCUUCUACAAGAUGUGAAAGUAUGCAGCAACAACAGCAUGACUAUUCUACAGUCAUGUCAUCUUCAUCAAAAACACACAAUUCAUUUAACAAUCUGUUAGUUUCUAUGAUAUACAAUGGCGACAAUACGCCUGAAUUAAAUUCUGCGUUAAAUAGAUACAAUGAACUUGUAGAUGAAAAUAAAAUCAAGAAAGAAUUUAUAUUCAAAACAUACUUAAAUGCCAAAAUUCAUAAAUUAGAAACAUCGGAAAAUGAAAUGAAUCUAAACGCAAACGGAACACAAACGGCAACAACGUGCACUCUUAAACCAGUUUCCUAUGAAGUUGAAACGUGUUACAAUAAAGCAUUUGAUAAUUUACAAAAGGUACAAGCAGAUUUAACGAAAGCAAGAAAUCAAAUGAAAGAGCUUUUGAAGAACGACGUAAGUUUUGAACGAGAAAAGGACGUGCUUUGGCAAUUAUUUUUAGCUGAUCCGGAUACGUUAAAACGAAAAUAUAUGGAACUAAAGCAAAUAACUAAUAAGUCCUGCUUUGAAAAUAGUUUCGAAAUUGAAUGAAGGAGUCGUUAUAUGAGCCAUACGCAAAUCAAAAUCAAGAAAUGUAAGGUCAGGCGAUCUUGAAGGGUAAACAAUUUACAAUUUACAUAUUUAUUUACAAUAAAAUUUAUUUUAUAUUGCUCAGACUAAGCAAACGUAUAAAUAAAUACUUUCAUUAACUUAUAC